AUGCUAUGUUUAGAUAAAGAAGAUGAACUAAAAAUAUAUAAAAAAUUUAAUUUCCCCAAAUAUGAAAAUAACAAAAACGUGUUAAAUGAAAAUUCAGUCAUUGAAAAUUUGAGUAAUAAUGUCCAACAUUUCCAUAGUAACCAAAAUGGCAAUUCUUAUCCUGUUUCAAGUAAAAAUAAAAAUGACCAUGCCAAUAUUGGCAUGAUCGACGAAAUAAUAUACAUAAGUACAAGUACUUGUAAUUCCUUUAUCUUUAUAAUAACGAAAUUUUGUUUCUAUAUAUUUGAUAACUAUGACUUUUCUUUUAUUAAUAUAUAUGCUUUAAAACAUGAUCAUGUGAAUACAUAUGGGUACCAUAACAAGGUGUUCUUCUCACCUUUAGAUAAUACUAUAUAUAUCAUAAGUAUCAAUCUCAAUUAUGUGUAUGCAUAUAAUAUAACUAAUAAGGAUGAUGUAGUUAUGUUAGAUUAUGAUAAAAAUAUACAUUCGAUUAACAUUAAUCAAUAUUCUGAUGAUGAAUCAAGUGGAAAUGAAAAUGAAUAUUAUGAAUAUAUCACCUAUAUCAAAAAAAUUUAUAGAAAAAAAAAAGCGCAUAAAAAUGUUAGUAUAAAUCUUAUGACGGUAUUAUAUUUACCCAUUCCAUCAACUUGUUUAAUAAUAACAAAAAGUAACAUUCUAUUUUUUUCACACAAAACGGAUGAAAUAUUCAUUUCAGAUAAUAUUAAAAGUAUACUAGCUAAUAGCACUCACCAAAAGCAAGAGGAAGAUCAGCAUAAUAAUAUUAAUAAGGUCGUUAUUAACACAAAAAUAAUAAGCUUAAAAUGUUUAUAUUAUAGAAAAAAAGGGGGACAUUUAAUUGUACGAGAAAAUGAAGAAGGAACAGUAAGAAAUAAAAAAAAAAAAAAAAAAAAAAAAAAGAACUGUAAUUAUGACAAAUUAUGUAAAGAAACUAAGCUUAUCUUACGCUUAUUGAAAAAUGCAAAUAAAGGAAAAAUUGGACAAAGGAAAUAUAAAUGUCGUCAUAUUUAUUUUUCUUUAAAAAAUGGUGGCAAAAUUCAAACAUGUUUAAGAAAUUCUCCAUUUUAUCAAAAUGUUUAUGUGUGUCGUAAAAAAAUAAAAUAUAACAUCGUAAUAACUCAAAAAUGUAAAAACAUGAAGAAGAAGAGGAAUAUAAAGGUAGGUAGUAGGAAAAAAAAAAGGGGAGAUUAUAACGCUACCUACCUGCAUAGUAGUAAUAAAGAAAAUAAUUUAUAUAAGCUAAUAAAUAAUAAAAAUUCUAAAACUGAAAAUUUGAAUAAUAAUAUGAAUAAGAAUAAGAGAUGUCUUAAUAUUAAAGGAAUUAUAAAAGCAGAAUUUAAUGUGCACAAUGAUUAUGUAUUGCUUCUAACUCGUACUGGAGAUUUCUACAUAUUUUCUUUUUUUCACAACUUUUUCAAUUUUUCUAAAAGUAAAGCUUGUUAUUAUUCGGGUAGUCGUAUUCACAAAAAUAGCUUUAAUGAUGGAACAUGGAACACAGGAGAAAGGAUACAAAAAGGAGAAAAAAAAGGGGAAUUAAAAGAACAUAAAAAAAAUAAAGGAAAGGAAGAUAUUAAUUAUAAUAAGUACAUUAACAGAGAUAGUGAUGCAAAAGGAAAAAUAAAUGAACCUGUUAUAGGUAUAUAUAUAGGCUCUUCUAUAAUAGACAUAAGUGUAAACAUUUAUAGAAAAAUUAUUUUAGUAAUAACGGAAAAUUUUGUUAUAAAAGCAUAUUCUACGUAUCCAUAUAUAUGUAAACACACUUUCAAAAAGAGCGUAUUUACCAUUGAUACAUUUAAUACGUAUAAUAAUCCACGCUAUUAUUAUAAUUUUCUGUUAUGGAAUAGGCAGCAUAACUUUUUUCUUAUAUCAUUUAAUGAAAAUAAUUAUUACAUUUUUAAUACCAAUGGAACGUUUUACUACACUAUGAAAAAUGAUUAUUCUACGUAUAAGGAGGAAAAUGAAAAUGAUGAUGAGCAAAACAUGAGUAUAAAAGCACAUCUUUUUAAACAAAAUGACGAUAAAACAGUCUUAACUUUGCAAAAGAGAAGCAAUAAUAUUACUUCUAAAGAAGAAUCCGAUGGUAUUUUAAAUAAUUUAAACUCAUCUGCAAAAGGUGCUGACACUUGCAUUUCCGUUACUCACCCAGUGACCACCACAACUAUCAGGGGGGGAAUUAAAAAUGAGCAGCUCGUUACCAAUAAUCAUUCAAGUAAUAAUUUACAAAUUAGUAGAAUAAAAAAUAGAUAUGUAAACAUAUCCUUUGUUUUCAAUGAUUUUAAAUUACUUUAUAUUCUACAGAGCGAUGAAAAGUAUUAUUUUAUUAAUGUAAAAAAUUUUCUUUACCUAAAUGAUAUUUAUAGUAACAAUAAAAUUUUUCACUAUAAUAGUAAUUACUACACGAAUGAAAAGUGCAAGAAGAUAUAUAUUGGCUUAAAUAAUCUUGUCAUGUUUGAUACCAAUGUAGAUAAUUAUAAUGUAAAUGAUAUUGAAAAAAAUAUUGUAAACAUAAAAGAAAUUACUACUCCUUUUAAAUUUAUUAAGAAAUCGUAUUUGAAUUUUAGUAACACACAUAUGUUAAUUAUUUUUAAAGGUAUAUCUAUCUACAGUAUUCAAAAAAAGGUAUUUUCCUAUUUUAUGGACGAUUAUUUGAAGUACUUUUUUCAUAAUUAUCCUUGUGGUUGGAUUCGCGAUGAUGUUUUUUUUGUAACUUCUUUACAUAACAAAUAUGAUGAAAAUAAUUUUAAAAGUUUUAAAAAAAAAAGUCAAUCAGAUCGAACUGGGAAUACCAUCUUUUUUAGUAGAACUACGAAUAAGCAGUGGGAACCCAUUUUUGAGUCCUCUAAAAUUGGUUAUGAACAUGUACAGUUUAACAACUUGCAACAUGGGAAAAUUGUGACUUCGGGUGUUGAAUCAGAAAAAGGGGCUGAACAGGUUGAUGAGGAUGAACAGGAUGAAGAGAAUGAUGAGUAUAAUGAGGAUGGUGAGGAUGAUGAAGAUGAAGAAGAAGAGGACGAAGAUGAGGAUCGCGAAGAGAGUAGCGAAGGGGGGAGCGAAGAAUAUGAAAAUGAAAAGGUAAAAAGCAGUCUUACCUCUAACACAAAUAAUGAAAAUGGGAAAUUAAAUUAUGAACAUAUGGAAAGGAUUGGUAUGAACAAGAAAGAAAAAUAUGUGGACAAUUUGAGAAUACUAAACUACUUAUUCAAUUUUAAUCAUAAUGACAAAGAUACGUAUUAUAAAUUCUUUGAAGAAUAUUUUAAUAGUAAUAAAGUAAACAUUUAUACAAAACCUUUUUGCUUAUUUUACAAUAACUUCUUUUUGAAGGAAGAUACAAAUGUAUUUUUAAAAGCAUUUCUUGAAUAUAGAAAUAAGAACAAGUCUUCAAUUAUGGAGACGGAACAGUCUCAGCAAAACCGGAAUCAUGACCAGAAUUACGAUGAAUAUUCAUACUCAAUACAUAACUAUUACACGGAUUUACAAAAUAAUAUAAGCAACAAUAUCGAAUAUAAUGAAAAUCAAAAUGAUGUUAAGAAGAGUAUGAAUCUUCCUAAUUUUAUGGACAUGAGUUACAACUCAAAUUAUGACUACGACACUAAUGCAUGUAAGUUUACCUGUGAAAGUUCAACCGUCAUAGAUAGUGAUAUAAUGAGUACGCGUGGUCAUGUGAAAAAAAAGAAAUUUACCAAAAAGGUGAAGAAGUUACAUUCAGUUGAUAAUUCUAAUGACAACCAAAAGUACAACUCAAAUGAUUACCCUUAUGGAAGUCCAAGUGGCAAUCCAAAUGGCUAUCUAGAUGAAGAUAUUAAAUUUGUAAAAGUUAGGAAAUCUAUUAAAAAAAAGAGAAAACAGGAACAGAAACACUUUCAAGAAAUGACGAAUUAUUAUGAAGAAAUUCUGAAUAAAAACAAUUUUUACUAUGUCAUAUAUUUGUACAAUAUAAAUCGUGUUUUAAGGUUUACUAAUUAUAUUUGUUCUAUUAAAUUAUUGUAUAGACCAAUAUUAACGCAUGUUUAUUAUGACAAUAAAGAUAUGGAAGAUCAUGAAGAGGUAAGGGAGGAAGACGAUGAGGAUGAAGAAGUGGAUGAGGACGAGGAAGAAGAAGAAGAGGAAGAGGAUGAAGAAGAGGAAGAGGAUGAAGAAGAGGAAGAAGAAGAAAUGGGAGGAAAAAAAAAAAACAUAUAUAUAAGAAAAAAAAUUUCAAAUGAAAGAUUUUUAAUAAUUCUAGAUGCAUUCUAUAAUUUAUUAUGUUUUAAAAUUAGUACAAAUAAUAAUAAUAAUAAUAAUAAUGAUCCAAGCAAAUCAGGAUAUUUACUGAAAGCAGAAAAUGUUUUUAUUUUGCCCUUAAAUAAGGAUAAAAAUUUUAUUGAACCAACUUGCUUUUAUUCUUUAUUUGAUAUAUAUAAUUAUGUGUUUCAUAAUUAUGAUAAUUCUAUAAGUUUUCUGCAUAUAUAUGUGGACAAUAACAAUUGUUACGAUUUUGAACUUAUUCAUAUAUUUAAUAAUAAAGUUGAUCAAUUAGAGAUUAUAAAAGACAACAACAUUUUGUUUUAUUACUCUUUGCCUGCCCCAAUAAAACAUAUAUGGCCUUCUCCUAUUUAUUAUAUAUAUUUAUUUUACCACUAUGUUAUUUCUGUAAUAUAUAAUAUUAACAGAAUUAGUAAGAAAUCAAACUUGGCGAACCUAGCCCUUUCACCUUUUUCUAAUGGGCAAGUUGAAUUAUAUACUCACCCUGAAUUAAAAAGUCCUAACGAUAUAUCGAAAAAAUACAGCAUACUUUUUGAAAAAACUGAUGGGAUGGAACAGCAUCAAAUGAACCUUGAUAAAAAUGUUACAACAAAUGAAAAAACGGGAGAAGCAUUUACUGUUAGGGAUGUGAAUAGAACAGGUAAAGGGAAAGAAAGCGAUCAUAACAAUCAUAACCAUAACAAUAGUAAGAAGAAGGAAGAUACCAAAAUAAACGAAUUGCCAUUCCCUGGAGACAAGAAAAUUAGUUCAAGGGAAGAGAGUAUAAAAUUGGUAACCCGAAAUGACGAAUAUUCUUACGUUAAUCCCUAUUACAAAUGCUCUAAAGGCUCAGUAGAAUUAUCUUCAUUUGACUUCUUCUCUUUGAACUCAUGUGAUAAUAAUGAAGAAAAUGCCCAAUACAAUUAUUUUGAAAACAUUUUUAAGGAUAGAUUAAAUGCACAUUCGUCGAAUUAUAAAAGUUUUAUUAGGUUAAAAAAGAAGGUGAAAGAUGAGGGGAUUGACUGUUGGUUACGCUCUAUAAAAGAAACAUUGCUUUACAUGAAAAAUUUUAAGUUUUUUUUUGAAAAAUUGUUUAUAUGUAGUCAGAAUGACGUGAAAGAUGACAAAGAGGGAAAAAAGGGUAAAUUGAAAAAUAAUUAUCAGUACAAGAAAAAUAAGAAAUUUACGGAUCACUUGAAAUAUUCGACGUGUAGCAUAUGGAAACAUUACGGUGUUAUUUUAGAAAAAACUUUGCUUUCUUUAUUUCUUAAGACAAUGCAUAAUAGCAAACAAAUUGAAAAAGAAAUGAAUAAAACGUUGCUUAAAUAUAAACUUUACUCCAUUAUAGAAGAAUUAGAAAAUAAAGAAAAAACGUGUUAUCUGUAUUUAAGUUGUAACAAUACUAUGAAUGUGAUAAGUAUUAGCAAAUGCUCCAAUAAGUUUUUUUUAAUAGAUGCAUUAAGGAAUAACUUAUCCUUUAAGAAAGGGAAGUAUACAAAUUGUUACUUAUUUAUUUAUAGAUACAUGAAAUUAAAUAGAUUUUUAAAUGAUAAUAAUUUCUACUUACAUCAUAUUAUGCACAGCCUAGGAUUAUUUAUAAAUAUUGUAUGUAAUAAGAUAUCUAAAGGAGGUAUACUUAAAGAUAUUCUAUUAAAUGCAAAAACAGAAAGUAUAGUAACCAAAGGUACCUAUGCAAAGGAUCGUUCAGAAGAAAAAUCAUAUGCUAAAGCAAAAUAUUUCCGUUCAUGCGUUUUUGAUAAAAUCAACUUCAAGAUAAAUAGCUAUAUUAAUAUAAUUUUAUUUAAAUUUUUUAAAUUAUACUGUGAUGUUUAUUCUUAUAGAGAAAAUAAAUAUAGACCCAUCUAUGACAACACAUUGGGGAAAAAAAAAAAAAAAAAAAUGCGCCUUUUAAUUGUUAACGUAAUAUCAAACUAUGUCAGUCAAAACAUAUUUGUAAUUAAUAUAUUAGAUAUCGUUUUGUACAAAUCUCUUAGUAGAUUAAGUAAUUUUUACAUUUUAGCUUAUAAAAUUGUUUACAACUAUUUAAGUGAUAUAUGUAGCACUUCUUAUUAUGAUAGACUCAUUACAAAAAACUCGAGGGAUAAUAUCUUGAAUAUGUCUAUAGUUGUGUUAUAUUCAUUAUUUCUUAGCAAACGGUAUAGGCAAAAUGUACACGCAAAGAUUUUAGAAAGUGUAAUGUUUGGUAGUUCUAUAUAUAGUAGCAACCGACUUUGUAACGAUAAAACGAUAUUCCAUUUAGAUAAAGCAAACGUCAAGGGAAAAGGGGAAAAAAUUGAUGAGAAGAGAAAUGAAGUAAAUGAAAGAUUAAAAAAAUUAAUUGCCUUUUUGAACGAGAAGAUAUACAGUAUUCCCCCAAAUGACAUAUCCAAAAUAGACCAUUUGAAGGGAAGAAUAAAGGACCAACAUAUAUAUAAUAUGAUUUUUCAUUUAUUGAAACUUAAAAGUAAGAGAAAUGUGGAAAAACAUGGGGAAAAAGAAAAGACGGAGGAUGGUGAAGAGGAUGGUGAAGAGGAUGGUGAAGAGGAUGGUGAAGGAAAAUAUGAAGGCGAACAAAACCAUACCUUUGAAAUCAAGAGUGACUGCGCAUAUAAGAUGAAUUCCAAUGUGUACUAUAUUGCUCUAUAUUUGUUGUGUAUUCUAAAAAAGAAAUAUGUCUUCCAUUUGUUUACACUAUUGAGGAUACUAAGAAAAUAUUGCAAAUAUCACAUAUCAGAAGUAGUAAUAAAUAUAAUAAGAAAAAUGGAUCCUUAUAUUAGUGCCAUAUUAAUUUAUUCGCUAAGUGACUUCACACCUCAUGAUUUUAUGAAAUUAUGUAUACCUACUGAGAGAUAUAAUAUAUGUUCCUUAUAUAUGGUUAAUGUACAAAACUAUAUAGGAAUAUAUGAUGUUCGUAAAUUUUAUUGUAUGUAUUUUCUUAGUAUGAGUUUAAGGCAAAAUAUAAAAUAUUCAACAAGCUUAAUUCAUUACAUGUCAAUUUUAUUUUAUAUAUUAUAUGAAAGUAAGAAGAAUUAUAUUUUCCAUUGGAAUUAUUUUGGAUUAGAAAAAUACAGUAUACAGAACAAUUUGUUAAAAGGUACAAAUAUCAAUUGGGAUAAUUUUUUAUUUUUUCUUUUAUGUGCAUAUAAUUUAAAUAACAUGGAAUUAAAAAAAGUGAAGGACAUAAAGCUUUUGCAAUUUGCGUUUGAUCAUUUUUCCAAUGGUAAUGUGAUACAGUAUAAAAAUGAUAAAAAUAUAAUGCACUCUCUACAUAAUGUAAAAAAAACAGCAGAAAAUUAUUUAUAUAAUUCAGAUACUAACAAUUAUAUUUAUAAUGUACAAUUAUUAAGUUCACAAAAGAGGAAUAAUUUUUAUUUGGAGAUUAAAAGUUUCUCUUUCAAAAAAUUUAAAAUGAAUAAAAUUAUAUAUGAAUUUUUUUACAACAUGGAUAUAAUAUACAUUUCGAAUGAAAAUGUUGAUAUUUUUUCGAAGCUACAUACAUGUAAUAGUAAUUUGUUAGGAUCUUCCCCAUUCGGUGGGAGCAAAUUUACAGCUGAUCCCUACGUAAAAUUAAGCGGUAAUGCUCAUGAGGUAAAUGCAGUUGAUGAUAAGACAGAUGCGGAAAAAUGCGUGAAUUACCUUGAAGUACAAAACAUUUAUAUUAGGUUUAUUAUUUUAAUACAAAAUAUAGUAUGUUAUUAUAUACAUAACAUGCUCUGGUUUGAACUAUACUAUUUCGUAACUUCUCUUCAAAUUGACAUACUAUCUUUUUUUUCCUAUAUUUAUUUUUUUAAGUCAAAUUUAUUUCCAACAAAUAUUUUUUGGGGUGUAUGUCCUAUUGAUGUCUUUCAGUAUUAUUCCAAUAACACAGGGUUUUGUUUUCUAAAUUUUAAUUAUUCAGAAAAACUAGCUGAAAAGAAGUUAAUCCAUUCUAAGAACAGCAGCGGUAGUUUUGAAAAAUGUCAGUAUAGUUCAAAAGAAUUUAAUGGGAUGAAUUAUAAUCAGGAAAAACUAAAAAUAAAGAAUGUCCAGGAAAGCAUGCAUCCGACUAGUCGGAACAGUGGCUACAGAAGCAGUAACAGCAACAACAACAACAACAACAACAACAACAACAACAACAAUAAUAAUAAUAAUAAUAAUAAUAAUAAUAAUAAUAAUAAUAAUAAUAAUAAUAAUAAUAAUAAUAAUAAUAAUAAUAAUAAUAAUAAUAAUAAUAAUAAUAAUAAUAAUAAUAAUAAUAAUAAUAAUAAUAAUAAUAAUAAUAAUAAUGAUAAUGAUAAUAAUGAUAAUGAUAAUGAUAAUUAUUAUCAUUAUAAUAAUUAUAACGGUAAAAACAGUAAUGGAGAGGUGUUUCAUAGCUAUAUUUCUCGUAAGAGGUGCGAUAAGUCGAAAACGUCUUUCGCAAAAAAUGAAGAGGACGUGCUAAGUGAUCUGCUUAGCCAAGAUUUUAAUUACAUAAGGUAUACAGAACAUAUGAAAAAUCUGAAGAUCAUUUUUGAAAAAAUGGAAAAAGAAAAUGAAAAUAUUAAUAAUACAUUUUUACAAAAUGAAGAAAGAAAUGUUUUCCUAAUUGAUAUCUAUAAAUCUUUUAAAGAUCAUUUUGAUAUAAAUUGCUCGAACAAGAAGAAGCAACUAAAAAGGAAAGAUACCAGUAUUACAAAUGAACUAUAUCUGAAUAGUAUACAUAAAACAGAAAUGGAAUGUAAAAGGAAAAAAUAUCGAAAAAAUAUACUUUCUUUUAAUAUUUAUAAUAAACUGACCAAUUACAUAUUCUUAGAAACGUAUUUUGCACCGUCUGUGUAUAAAUAUAUACCUGUAUAUAAUACAUUAAAAUAUUUAUAUUAUUUUUUUAAUGUCUGUAAUACUAAAAAUACCAAGUAUUCGAAACAAUAUUUGAAGUAUCAAAUUAAAAGGAGAAUAUACAAUUAUAUUUCCAAUAAUAUAGUAGAUUUAAAAAGCAAGAUUAAGGAGGAGAACAAUGAAAAUAAGCCUGGAAAAAAAAAAAAAAAAAAAUAUUCAACAACUGAAUUAUGUUCAAUUCAUAAAAAUGAUAUUAUAUGGUUUUUAUUAAGAAUAUUCUUACUGUUAAAAUUACCUAUGCAUGCUUUAGCUUUAAUAUUAUAUUGUAAAAAUUAUAUACUGUUAAAUAUUCUAAUAAACCUCUUUCCAUAUUUAUAUCAUAUUUUUAAUUAUAUUUUAAAUAUGAAUAGUGCUCAUUUUUCAUAUAAGAAGAAAGAAGAAAAUAAGAAAAAUGCAAACAAAAUAAAUAUAUAUUAUGGACAAAGUACAAAAGUAAAUUUUAUACUAUCAAAUGAAGAAUUCAAUAAAAAACUUUGCGAGUACUGCUAUCAAUCCAUUUUGAAUUAUAAAAGGAAAAAUAAAAUACCAUUUAGUAAUCGAAUGUGUGAAAAAAUUUAUAAAAAAAAAGUCAUUGAAGAUAAAGAGAACAAUAAUAGCAUAUAUGAUCAUUUUAUGUCUUGUGAAUGUUUGGACAAUUUAAUUUUUUUCAGAAAAAAAUUAUCUAAUAUAAGGAAGAGCAUAUGA